AUGCUUCCCUCCAUCGCAGGAUCCUCGGUGACGCGCGUGACGGCCACAGACUACGACGACCCCGAGGAGGGAGACAACGCCAAGGUGUCGUUCUCGCUGGAGAAGAACGCGGUUGACGAGUCCACCGGGAGAUCCAUCUUUGCCAUCGACAGCGAGCUGGGCGUCAUCACCACGGCGCUGUGCUGCCUCGACCGGGAGAAGACCCAGCGCUACGUCCUGCAGGUGGUGGCGACGGACGGCGGCGGUCUGAAAGGCACAGGGACGGUGGUGGUGGACAUAAAGGACGUGAAUGACGUGCCGCCGAGAUUCUCGCGGUCUGAGUGGACACUGGACGUGUCAGAGAGCCUUGGCCUUGACCGCGUGCUGGCGACACUCACGGUCGUGGAUCCAGACGCCACCAACGACUUCGCCUUCAGGGUGGUGCCGGGCAGUGGGCGGGGCUGGCAGAUGUUCCGCGUGGAGGAGGGGGCGGGGACGGUGCCGACUGGAAACCUCAUGUCCGUGGAGCCGCUGGACUACGAGGACCCCGACCACCGCCAGGGCUUCACCUUCAGAGUGCAGGUCACGGACAGGGGAGAGGAGGGGUGGGGGCGCAGGCAGCACGUGGCGGAAACCUGGGUGAGGCUGAGGCUUCUGGACGAGAACGACAACGACCCAGUGUUCAGUGAAGACCUCACGCGCCUGGUUCUGCCCGAGGACACACCCAGGGGCUCCUUCCUCGCCUCUUUCACGGCCCUCGAUCCGGACAAGGGCGGACAGAGCCGGGUCCGGUACGAGGUGGAUCCAACCAGCGACCCCAGCCACCAGUUUGUUGUGGACGAGGCGGGAGCGGUGCGUCUGGUGGGCAGGCUGGACCGGGAGGCGGCGGACACCCACAGUGUGUUGGUGUGGGCGGUAGACGACGGGGAGCCACCGAGGACCGCCACCGCCACCCUUGCAAUAAACGUGACAGAUGUGAAUGACAACCCGCCAUUCCUGUUGGAGCCUCGCGAGGUGCGCGUGACGGAGAACAGUGAGGCUCAGCUGGUGGCGCGGGUCAAGCUGGGUGAUCCCGACGACUGGCGGCAGGGUCACGGGCCACCUUUCACCAUCGCCCUGGAUUCCCGCGCUCCGCCCCACGUCACCGACAAUGUCAAGGUCACGCUGGACAAGAGAGGGGACGACGGGCGGGGUGUGGGCGUGGUGUGGACGCGGGCGGCGCUGGACCGAGAGGAGCGUUCUGCCCUGCUGGUGCCUCUGGUGGUGGGCGACGCCGGGUGGCCGUCCCUCACCGCCACCGUCACCCUCACCCUGCACGUGGCAGACCUCAACGACAAUCCCAUGGCGCCCGCCGCCAAGACCGUCACUGUGCACACCAUGCAGCACCGGGGAUCGGCAGUACCCUUGGGACGCGUGUACGUUCGGGACCCCGACGACUGGGAUGAUGUCGGCAAAAGUUUCGCCUGGAGAGACCCACAAGCCGGUUUCUUCCUCGACACCUCCAGCGGCCACCUGACCAUGGCGCCUUCCACCCCGGAUGGCAGGUACCAGCUGAGGUUCGUGGUGAGUGACAGCAACCAGGGGCAGAGGGACGUGGAGGCCAAUGUGACAGUCCACGUGAGACUCUUGAACAGGAACGAAGUGGUCCACGCGAGCCCCGUGACGCUGGCGGCGGGAAGUCACAGCGUGGUGAGGCGCGGCACCAAGGAGGGACUGUCGAUGCUGAGUCGCCUGAUCGCCGCCGUGCGACCGCUGGUGGGCGGGGCAGAUGCGGCGGUGCGGGUGGUGUCUGUGCAGCCCCUGGAGGAGGCAGGCGCCCCGGCAACGCGGGUCUGGCUAUCAGCCGUGGGAAUUGCCAACUUUGAUUACAUCUUACUGUAUCACAUGAAAGAGCUGAGCGAGGCUUUAGGUAUCAGCAUAAAGGUGGGCGUGGUCACCUGCAGUGAAAGCGCCACACCCCCAUCAGACGUGGCGGCGGAGGAGAGGUGUGUGGGCGGCUGCUGGGUGGGCCUUGCUGAUGACUUCAGUGUGGUGGACGCCCUCUCCUCGACGGUGGUGGGGCCACGCAUGGUGGUGCGGGGCCCCUGUGGCUGCACGAGCGCCGCCACGCCUCACCAGGCCGCCUCCUGCUCCCCUGACACGUGUCUUAACGGCGGCAGGUGUCUCGGCACAUCCUCAGGCGUCAGGUGCAUCUGUCCUUAUGGCACGUGGGGCUCCCGUUGCAAGGUACUCUCCAGGCACUUCGAGGGCGGUGGUGGGAGGCAGGGGACUGGUAUCGGAGCCACCACAGAUGGUGCCUGGGCGUGGGUGCCGCCUAUCCCUCCCUGUGCUGAGGUACACCUGAGCUUGGAGGUUCUGAGCACAGCGAAAACAGCAACACUGCUUUAUUCUGGCCCACAGGAAGGUUCUGACCAUGGCACAGGUAUACGUGACCUGCUGCUUCUGGAGCUGCAUCAGGGACGGCCAAUGUUACUGCUAAACCUUGGUGAAGGCCCUGUCACUAUCACCCUGGACGCCUUGCCCUCCCUGGCAGACAACACGUGGCACAGGAUAGACCUCAUCUGGAGAGACGAGGUAGUGGAGAUGAUCGUGGAUUUGUGUUUAGGAAGUAGCUGGGACGAAUCACCCGUGCCUUCUUUGGGACCUGCCCUCAACCAGUCGUCCACACCUCUCCGUCCAGACACACAUACUUGUAGGAGCGUCACUAAACUGCCAGGGAGUGCUCGUGUCCUCAACACAAGUGGGGUGCUUCAGGUGGGCGGCUUGGUGCCUGCAAAAGUAGUGAGUGAUGGUGCAAAGCUGCCACGCCCGCCACACUUCCGCGGCUGCAUCAGAAACAUCAGAGUCAACGGCAAGUUGAUUGACCUUGGUAGCAGCGUAUUGGGUCAGGCCAGCACCCCAGGAUGCCCCGCUGCAGACUGUCUCGCCAACCACGUCCUGUGCGGCCUCCACGGCAGGUGUCGGGGGUCGCCGGGGUCACUGCGGUGUGAGUGCCAGCAGGGAUGGGGCGGCCCAGGCUGUGCCUUGCCCACCACGCCCGUCACUUUCCUCCCCAACAGUUAUGUCAAGCUGGCUCUCUCCUUCUCUCCCCUGGCCUACACCACCUCUAUCACCCUCAGGUUCCGCACCGUGAGGAGGAGAGGCGAGCUGGUGGUGCUGUCAUCACAGCAUGGGCGGGACAGCUGGUCUGUGCAGCUGGUGGGUGGUCGCCUGUGUGCUGUGCUGCGCCUCCACCCACGACCCCCGGCUUCUAUAUGUCUCUCGCGGGUCGUCCUUACCGACGGGCGCUGGCACUCCCUCUCUGCCACCAGGUACGGCUCAGCAACCUUCCUGGUGGUGGACGAUGGGGAUGGCGACCUGCACAAUGCCUCGUUAUUGCUGGAGGGACAACAACUCCUAGAGGUGGACAAACAGGAGGGCGUCUACGUGGGCGGGUCUCCUCGCUUUCAGAAUGCUGGAUUUCUCAGUAUCCACGGAGAUUUCUUUGAUGGCUGCAUUGACGACCUGCGCAUCUCAGGCUGCAGUGUGCCACUGCCGCCUGCUGUCAACAGCACAAUAUGGGGCCAGGCAAGUGCCUUCAAGGGCGUGCAGGAAGGCUGCGUUGCUGCACCAUCUUGCACCAAUGUGUCUUGCACACCGCCGCUAUCCUGUGUCGACACCUGGAGGUCCUACCAUUGCGGGUGUGGCGAGGGCCGCGUGCUGGGCAGGAGUCGCCUGGUGUGUGAGGACGAGGACGAGUGUGCUUGGCGGCCGUGUCUCAGCGGCGGCUCGUGCUUCAACACUCAGCCAGGUUACGUGUGUUCCUGCCCGGCUGGGUUCAAAGGACAGCACUGCCAGCUGCCCGAGGUGGGCCACACUUCCCUCCAGCUGCCCAUGGGGGUUCUGGUGACCAUAGCAGUGUGGUGCACCUUCCUAAUGUUGUUGUUGUGUGCAUUUUUACUACAUCGCCGCACUGCGCUGCGCAGGAAUCUGGCAGAAACUAAGGGCCACACGACAGACUGUAAAGAUGAAUCGUUGACCACGCACAGCCAAACAUCCAACCUGAUGGAACUGCAGCUGUUGAAGCCCCCGCCAGCCAACGGCCAGCCCGCCUGGACCAGGAAUCCCAACAUAGCAGUGCGGUGCUGUGGUUGCCUCGGUGCUGCAGACGUGGACGUGCUGCGGGUGGACGCGAUGACGCCGGUCAGCAACAGGGAGGAGGCGAGUGAGGGCGGCGGCAGUGUGCGGACUUCGCCACACCUACGGGAGAACACCCAGGGCGGGAAAAGAAGGAGGAUCAGCAAAGGCAAGCAUGAGAGUACGCCACCUACAGGAGACGACCUGAGAAACUAUGCUUACGAGGGUGAAGGUUCCUCCCCAGGAUCUCUCUCUUCUUGUGAGUGUUCGGCGAAGGAGAGAUGACGGGUGCUGCAGUAUAAAUCGCCCUGGUGUGGAAUGGCCGUGAGGAGCGGCGGUCAGUCCACCCGCGGCAAGGCGUUCCCACCAGGGAUGCCAUCUUAACAUGGCCAUUGACCAGUCGGCGGAUGGCGAUGAAUCCUGCUCAUGAAAAUAGAGGAUAAGGGACUUAAGAGAUUUAAUGUAUAUUGAUAUGACACACGGCCGAUGGUAGCAGCCUGCAUGCCCACCCUGUGCUGCGGCGUGAUCUUUCCUGGUCGAAGUGUCUCCUGGCGAGUGCGACGCAGCCUCAGGUUCCCAAUCCUGCGGGCUGCUCGGUCUGUGUGUCGUGUCCUCGUUGCCCUCGUGGUCGCCGUGCCAGAUGGGUUGCUCAGAAUGCAUCAGAAGCAGACAUCGCCGGGUGGUGCGGAACCUCGAAGGCAGCAACUGUCACUGAAGGAGGAGGAUCCGUGCGUGCAAGGAGAUGAACCAGCUUUGUACUGCCCAUCAGCCAUAGGGACAAGUCUCGUCCCUGUCUGUUGGGCUGCACGGUGCUCCACCAAGCCAAUGGCGUCUGUGUGUGGGAUUGGAAUGUUCUGCUCAAGCCAGCAAUGAUUCCAGCUGUCUGGCAGCAAUCCUGUCCGUAAUCUAACCUUCCCUCAGUCGCGGUCUCACCGAGAUGAAGUAACCCCGCCAGGUGAGGCUCCCGAGCCUCGAGGAUUCUUGCACCACCAAAACAACAACGCACAUUCCCAGAUGUCCAAAGAAACGAGCCAUGUGAGGGGAGACAUCAGGCAACACAAAAAGAUAUGUAGGUGUCCAUGCGCACCAACGACCGCUACACGGAGGCCAGCGACAGACGGACUGGGAGGCUGUGCGGCAGGGAUGAGGGGCGUGGCUGGUUCGCUCCUGCAGUGGAAUCUUCCUGUAGAUCCUGAGCCUUGAAACGGUAUCAGAAGGAUUCGUUAAUGUUCCUCUCAGGAUUAUUUCUUACCACACACACACACACACACACACACACACACACACACACACACACACACACACACACACAUCUGGGAUAGACUAAAGAAAGAGGUGAUAGAGGAGAAGAAUACACAACAUCUGAAAAAUAAAAACAAAUAAAUAAUGAUAAACUGUUGGACAAAUAAAAUGAUUGUGCAGACAAGAACACACAGCUUUAGGUCAACGACACACAAACGCACGCACUUAAAGUAACAUCUACACAUUUUUUUUUUCUUUUGUACCACGAGAAUGAAAAAAAAUAUCUGUUUAAUUUCCAAUCCCAACACACACACACACACACACACACACACACACACACACACACACACACAUCACGAUACCCUUGGCAGAUCCUCAUUGAUACCUGACUGUCCUGCCCUCCUGAAGCCGGUAUCUCUCCUAACACUGUCAUUGUUUUGGUCUGCUGUCCUUUCCUAAACCUCAGCCUUAUUCCAGACAGAUAACCGGAGCAGACAAAAUAAUAUCGUCUGAGAAUUAUUCUGGGUUGUAAAUUGGAGGAAAGUUAGGUUAAUAAAUUUCUCUUCGAAUUUCUGAUGUGGAUUGAUUUCAUGCAAGAGUAGCACAGCUGGCUGAGGCAUCAGUAUUGUAAGGAAGGAUUUGUUAUUUAUUUAUUUAUUUAUUUUUAUUUAUUGUUUUCUUAUUAUUUGUCUAAUUUCGUAUUAAAAAUGAACUAUUUAUGUGUGUGUGUGUGUGUGUGUGUAAUGAUUCAUAAUCUAUUAACAAAGAAAAUACAUCUUGUAAGUUUCUUGUUGAUAAUUUUUGCUACGAAUGAAAAUAAAGAUUAUCUAUAUAAA